AUGGGAGAGCGACCAUUUCGCAUAGCACAAUGGUGCGGCCGAGCUGCUUGCUUGAAAAAUGAAAAAGACUGCAGGGAAGUCGCAAAAUAUAAAGAGAAAAGUAAAGCGGAAACGAUACCAAAACACAUCGAAAGCGCUUGCACUGAACCUCCGAAUGUGAAAAACAUCUCCCUUCGAGAUAGAGGCGAAAUUUUGCGCGGUCAAUUCAGUAAUUCCGUAACUACGGGAGAGUUAGACUCCUUAUAUGUAGAAAUAAAGAAACUCACUGAAGAGUCCAUGGCACGACAGAACAAUAAAAACAAUCCUGCUUUCGCAGCGCGUUUCGCUGCCGCGCCGAUCAGCCUAACUCCUAAAGAAGAAAAGCCAGAUGAGCAGGAUGGGGAAUGCAUUCAAGUGGUGCACAAGAAAGACGAAGAGUAUAAUCGCGCAUCUAUGUCCGAAAAAAUUUUGCAAGAAGAAAUCAAUGACAAAUUGAAUGAUCCAAAUGAACCAGAGAGAAUGUCGAGGAGGAAACUGAGAUUGGCUAUGCAGCCCAGUAUCGCGAAACUCAAAGAGUCUACACGCCGACCAGAUGUCGUUGAAUGGGCCGACGUCACAUCAAGGGAUCCGUUCAUGCUUGUGGCUCUCAAGUCAUAUCGUAACACAGUGCCAGUACCACGUCACUGGAAUGCCAAGCGAAAAUACCUAUCCGGAAAGCGUGGUUUUGAGCGACCCCCUUUCGAGUUGCCAGAUUUCAUCAAACGAACAGGAAUCCAAGACAUGCGCGAGGCGUUGUGGGAAAAGGAAGAGAGCCAAAAUUUGAAAUCCAAAAUGCGUGAGCGUGCACGUCCCAAGCUUGGUAAAAUUGACAUCGAUUACCAAAAAUUACACGAUGCUUUCUUCAAAUGGCAGACAAAACCUCCCAUGACUUCGAUGGGAGAACUGUACUAUGAGGGAAAGGAGGUAGAAACUCUCAUGAAAGACAAGAAGCCAGGAAAUCUUUCGGAUGAUUUGAGAAUCGCGCUCGGAAUGCCAGUAGGACCAAAUGCGCACAAGUUUCCACCUCCUUGGCUUAUUGCCAUGCAGAGAUAUGGUCCACCGCCGAGCUAUCCCAAUCUGCGAAUCGCUGGUUUGAAUGCCCCUAUACCUGAAGGAUGUGCAUUCGGAUAUCAUGCUGGAGGAUGGGGCAAACCUCCUGUCGAUGACUAUGGAAAGCCGCUGUAUGGUGAUGUGUUCGGACAAGAGCCUGCCAGCCAAGUCGAGCCUGAGGACGAAACUCGAAUUGAACGCCGGUACUGGGGUGAAAUCGGAUCUGACGAAGACUCCGAUGAGGAAAGUGAACCUGAAGAAGAAGAAGAAACGGUUACCAAUGGUGUCACUGCUACUGCUGAUGGCAUUGCCACACCUAUGACGGAAGGAAUGGCAACUCCUAGUGGUAUCACCACUGGAGUCACCGGACUGGAGACUCCUGACACCAUUGAGCUGCGAAAAGGAAGAAGAGUUGAAGAGAGCUUGGCCGGUGCAGACACGCCAGCAGCUGCAUAUCACAUCCUUCCUGAAAAACGAGUGGAUAGAAUUGGAGGACAGAUGAUGGCGUCCACCCAUGUUUAUGAUCUAUCCAAGAAAGUGGCUGUAAAUGAUGGCAUAGAAAUCUCUUUGGAUCCUGAUGCUAUUGAUCUUGACCAAGGGAAGCUGCAUGAGAAGUAUGAGGAACAACUUCGGAAACAGACAAGAGCUAUAGAAGACCGAGAGGAUUUGUCAGACAUGGUCGCAGAACACGCUGCUGGCCAGAAUAUUACAAAUGAGCUUAUCGGCGAAACCCCUGAAUCAGCACCUGUCGAGAUUGAAUCUCUUUGCAUGAACUGCGAGAAGAAUGGUACAACUCGCCUUCUAUGCACCUCGAUACCGUAUUACAAGACAGUCAUUCUCAUGUCUUUCGAAUGCCCACAUUGCGGCUUCAAAAAUAAUGAGAUACAGAGUGGAGAAGCUGUGCAGGAACAUGGAACUGAAAUCGUAUUGCGGGUACUUGAGCAGGUUGAUCUUCGCCGUCAGAUGGUAAAGUCGGAGUUUGCCUCUAUAGAAGUGCCUGAGCUUGAACUGGUGAUUCCUGCUAAGACUCAGCCUGGAGAAGUCACCACCGUAGAAGGUGUAUUGGAAAGAGUGCUUGGUGGUCUCUCGCAGGAACAAGAUAGACGAAGGCAAGUCGAUCCGGAAAGUGCUGCCAAAAUAGACAAAUUUCUAGAGAAGCUCCUCAAAUGCAAGUCUCUCUCUGAGAAGUGGACAUUGAAGCUCCAUGAUCCUACUGGAAACUGUUUCAUUCAAAAUCCCGAUCCUCGUCAUGUUGACCCUCGAUGUAUUGUAUCUCAUUACCACAGAAGUUUAGAAGAAAGGAAGCUUCUUGGAUUGGCUGAAGAUGAUGUGGAAGAAGCUGAGCCAGCGCCCGAGUGGAAAUCUUAUGAUGAUGCUAAAAGAGAAGUUCUUCAUUUCCCCACUGAUUGUCCUAAUUGUGGAGCACCUGCAGAGGUACUCAUGAAGCCGACAGAUAUACCUUACUUUCAAACAGUAAUCAUAAUGGCUUUGACGUGUGAUAAGUGCGGACAUAAAUCGAAUGAAGUGAAAAGUGGUGGCUCUAUCAAAGAUCAUGGUUGUCGCCUUUCUAUCACCAUUAAAGAGGAUGCUGACUUAGCUCGUGAUGUGCUGAAGUCUGACACCUGUUCUAUGCGCAUCCCCGAGCUCGAUCUAGAGGUUGGACCUGGCGCCUUAUGCGGUCGCUUCACCACUGUAGAAGGAUUAUUGACUGCCACUAGAGAUCAGUUGUCUGCGCAAUCCUCGUUCUUCAUGGGUGAUAGUGCACAAAAUACUGAGCGGACCCAAAUAGCAAAGUUUCUGGAUCAGUUCGAUGAUAUACUUUCAUUGAAAAAAGUUGUUACGUUGGUACUAGAUGAUCCGGCUGGUAAUAGUUAUAUCCAGAGUUUGAGUGCACCACUGGAAGAUCCUUCAUUGAAGAAAGAAUUUUACGAAAGGACGUGGGAACAAAACGAGGAGUUGGGAUUGAAUGACAUGAAGGUGGAAAACUACGAGGAUCUUGAUACGGUGAAAGAAGAAACUGAAGAAGAAACUGCCGUUUAGAGCCAUAUCAACAUUUUCCGGUGCUUGCUCGCUCUCAACUGUGAUUCUCAUACUUGUUGUUCUCUCAUACAGCUUGUUGAGUUUUGUUAACUUCUAUACAAAAAAAAAUAUUUAUAGAUACACCGGUGCAAAACUGUAAUUUACUCGUUUGAAAAUAUCACAUGAAAGCUCAUGUUUACGUGAAUUCAUCAUGAGUCUGACUGUACAUGCUGCCUUAAAAACUAGUUUACAUG